UCACUACAAUGAGGAUGGCAGUCUAUAUUCACCUUGUUGUAUUUAUUGUUGUAAAUUUUGAAUAUAUCGAUGUUGAAGCGGGUUGUCAAGGGGGUGUAAGCAGGUGUAAUUGGGUACCUUGGAAAUCAUGGUCAGAUUGUAGCAGGACUUGUGGUGGGGGAACAAGAAAGAGAUCUAGGUCAUAUUGUUGUAAAGCGGACUUAGAUUUUGAUGAUUGUAUAAAGGAUUGCGGACAUAGCAGUAGCUAUGGUUAUACGUACUCAUCCGACACACAAUCUUGCAACAACAUUUGUUUUAACGGUAUUUACAUAAAUGGGACUAAUUCGUGUACCUGUAACGAUGAAUUCUAUGGAAGUUGUUGUGGCAAUGAGUGCCCGCAUAUUGAGCACUGUAAGAGGAGAAGAUGCAGUUCAUCAUUGGACACUAAGUGUCUUGAGUGUAACUAUGAUCAAAAACUGUUCAAGAAAACACAGAACGACACAAAAUGUAGAAAAAUUCCUCAGAAUUUAACACUACAUCUAGAAAAUCCACCAAGCAAGGACCAGGAUGUAACUAACAAUGCAGUUACUUUAAAGUGUACAACUGGGUGUAUUUUUCCAACUCCAUCAUUUAUAUGGUAUUAUUUGCAGUCGUCGGAUGAAUCUGGAUCUAAAUGGUCAAAUUCAGAGCCUGUCACGGAAACACCUGGGCAAUGUAAAGAAUUUCAAAAGAUGUUCACCUCUACUUUAGUUCUUCGGAAACACUCGGUGUUAAAUGACAAUGCUGACCAUACCGUCAGGUUUCAAUGUGGUGCAACGAUUAUGAAUGGUACCUCUGAUGAAGUAAAAACACAGUCAUCUGUGAAUAUCAGAUUUGCCGUUAGAGUGGCGAAGGUAUCACUAAAGAUUGGAAGUAGAUCUAGGGUCAGUUCUCUAAACGUUACCGAUGGCAUUUCUGAAAUAUUCAAAUGUACAACUAGCGAUAGCAGACCAUUACCUACUAUUGUAUGGUAUAUAGGACAGACAGAAAAGAAAAGAGUUGUCGGUACGGAAUCAACCCUUGCAUUCAUACCUAGUAUUAUGGAUAGUGGCAAGGAAGUGUAUUGUAAAGCUUUCAAUAUUCAGCCAGAAAAUAAAUCACUGUCUUCCAACAAAGUUUCUCUCUAUGUUAGAGGUCCUCCACGGCCUGGUUGGCAGUCAAUUACGAAUACAACUUGCUCUAUUGGCGCGCCCGUUACAUUAACAUUUACUGCUAUUGCAUAUCCAAUGCCAAGUUCUGAUGGUUUCAAAUGGUACAAACAAAUCUCGAAUGAAUGGAUACCAUUACAAAGUAAUAAAGAUGUACAGAUAUCUGUAAUAGGACUGGAAACAAACCUUACGAUUGUCAAUGUAACUCAGGCAAACCUAGGCCAAUAUCGAUUAACAGUUGAAAACAGCGUCGGAAUAUAUAACCAGUAUUAUUUCCUUAUUGAAAAAGAUGACCCCAGUGUUGAUGUUGGCAAAGAUACUAUGAACAGAAGUGAUUUCAAAACUGCCACAAUUAUAUUUGGAAUAAUUUCUGUCAUAUGUAUUGGUACUUCAGCUGGCAUCGUGAUUUGGUUUAAACGAAAAGCCAAAGGAACAGAUAGAAAAUCAUGCACUAAAUCGUCACAUCAAAGCCAAAUUGGUACCUAUGACUAUACAUCAUACGAAACCGAAAUGCAGGAAUGUACCGGACAAGUAUACGAGAAUCUACCGCAACAAGGGCGUUUUCUAGAGACGACAAUACAACCUAUGGUGUUAUAGAUAACAGCUAAUAACAUUCAAGUACAGAAAUGUCUUUAAACACUGUACCAUAGAGAUAACAUUCACAAUAUCCCAAUAAAGCCGCUGCUUAAGAUACUAUUGAUCGUGUGAUCAGCUUGUAUGUGUCGUCUAAACUUGUCGGGUUGUUUUAUUCCUAAAAUAAAAUAUCCUUACUCUGAUUUCUAAGUGAGAAUGACAUAUUCUAUGUACAGAAGAUUUUAUUGAAUAAAUUGCUUUGUGAAAACAUUAAAUGUUGACCUUUAGAGAGAAAUGAAUUUGUCAUUUUUAACAGUACCUGUAGCAUUCCCGUUCUUCAAGAAAGGAGAUUUUGCUUAAAAUCAAAAUCAAACGAAUGAAAACGGAGUGUUGUUACUGAAAGUAUGUCAGCGUGUAAAAAGUGUUCGAUCAAAGGCAUUACGGAGGCAUUGCAUACAUAUAACAUUAAGUAAUACCUAAUAGCAUUAUAUUGCAUAGAUAAUUGAUCCUGCUUAAAGCAUAAACGCAUCACAGGAAAAUUCAACUUUUUCAAGAACAAGUGAUUUUACAAAUUCAGGACACAGAUGUAUAAAAAAGUAGAAUCUCUAAAGGCAAUCAUGAUAUAACCAUUCAACAUUAACAAGUUAAACGUUUAACUAAGUAACAUAAUAUGGCGUUAUCAAAGCCAUGGUCACAAAUAUAUAAUAUAUUGAAUGUCACAGUCAUUGAACGUAUGGUGAUUGCUAAGGGAAACUUUUCAUCAAAGGCUCCAACAUGAGUACUUUUUGAAUGUAUUCAGAGAUUUGAUUUUAAAAAGGCAGACAUGCUCUAUAUAACAUUUUGUUCUCGUUUCUUUUGGCAUCUAAUAAAGAGACUAAAUAUUGUGUAUGAAAAGGUAUAUCUAAUUCUUUGUUAUUUGUCAUCAACCCACGGACUUCUUGCUUGCAGUUGUACUGAA